CUUUCACGAAGAAGAUGUCCGUUGGACGUCGAUGACGUCAUCACGCACAACGUGUAGCACUGAAGCAACAUGGCUUUGAAUGGAGAUGAAGAAGACUUUGAGUGGGAACCACCAACAGAGGCAGAGAUAAAGGUGAUCCAAGCUCGCAGGGAGCGACAAGACAAAAUCAGCAAGCUGAUGGGAGAUUAUUUGCUGAAGGGAUACAAAAUGCUGGGAGAGUGCUGCGAUGCAUGUGGGACUAUUCUUCUUCAGGACAAACAGCAGAAAAACUACUGUGUUUCAUGCCAGGAGCUGGACUCUGAUAUUGACAAGGACAACCCAGCUCUGAAUGCACAGGCUGCAUUGUCUCAAGUGAGAGAAAGGCAGCUAGCAGCCCAAUCCCCUGCUCCGUCCCAGGCCUCUGAACUCAAUGGAGGUCCAUGCAACAGUCAAGCAAGUUCCUCAGUUCCUCAGCCCAGACCAGAGCACUGUGAAGGAGCUGCUGCAGGUGGAAGAGCCGUUGUACCCCCACCUGCUGUCCCUGUUCCUGCAGCCCCUGCCUCCACCUCAGCCCUGGCACCCACUCGUCCCCCUGUUUCUCUACAAAGCUCUACCCUCCGACCCGUGUUGGAAGAAGCUGAGGAAGCUGUUCUCACGAAACUUCGUUGGGCCACUACCCAGUUACAGAGUUCAACCUGUUUAGAGGCAAGCAUCCAACUCUGCAGCCUCAUUACCAGCUGUGCCAACUCCCUGCGCAGCCUCAAGGACCUCAGCCAGUAACAACAAUGGACUGGGUGACAUCAUGGAGUGCUGGAGACUCUGUUUCUGCUUGUCUCUGUUUUGAAGUAUUGACUCUGGUUUAGCUUCGCUCUGGCUGAAUCCUUGCAUAGAUAUGAAUUUGAUAAUGGUUCAAAAAUGCACUUGAAAUAGGAUUAAAAUGUCAAAAGUGCACAUGUCACCCAAGGGUUAAUGUAGACAUAGAGUUGGCAGAAAUAUCCUGUAACUAGUUCAUUUUUUCCAAUUGUAAGUUAUAUUUACAAACAUUUAACAUUUGUCAAAGCACAUUGUCGAUAUUCAAUUUAAAAAUAUCUAGCCAUUAAAAAGAUAAUUAAGCAAUGUUUUAUUAAUAUAUCAUACAAAAAAACAAUGAUGACUUGUAUUAAGAGUUUGUUGGGUUUAUCCACAACAGCUGUUACGUACACAUGAAAAUAUGCAUUUUCUUCUGAUUAGGAAUGUUAUUUAUCUCAAAAAAAGAUUAGCUUCCAAGCCCCUGAAUUACAGCAGCAGCUAAAACUCGAUUGUGCACACCUGAAUGUUUUGUUUUUCAUAAGAAAAGUCUGCUGAUUAACAACAUAUAGAGUUUUGGAUUUCAAUUAAAGAUUUAAGCGUGUUUUUCAGAAAUCCCCGCUUAACUUUUUCUACAAUCUCGGUUAAAUCGUCUGAUUUUCUGCUCAGUCUGGCCCUGAUUUCUGUUGUCUCUGACCAUCAGUUGAUACAAAGAUAACCUGAGCAUUUCAGAUAAAUGCAUGUGAUGCAUGAAGGUAAUAGCUAAAUGGCUCAUUAGUCCCUGGAUGAGAUUUAAGAGAUACAAUUUAAUUUCUUUAUUCAUUGUAUCUUUAGCAAAUAAACUGCAUAAUAUACAAAUAGACAGCACUUCAGAUUUGAGAAGCCUGCCUCAGUGUUGAUCAGUAUAGUUUUCUAUUGAUGUACCAGAAUAAAUUAAAACUAUUCUGAA